AUGGUAAGUCCAUAUUUUGUUGAUGCCAUAUAUUUACGCACGUUUCCCUUUGUAUAAUGAACAUUCAUUUAUGUUUAGACUUUUCGUUCGAGGAGUAUUAGUGGUGUUCCGCCAAACAAAUCUGCUUGGCGAGAUUGGUUUAAAUAUCUUUGUGUAUGAAUGUGAUAUAAAUUUCUUGGCGGAAAUCCGCGCCAAAUUGCGCCAAACACAAUGCGCUAAAAUAUAUCGCAUUUGCCAAAUACUCUACGUCUACGACGAACAUGCACGAAUUAGAAUCACAUUAGGCAGCUUUGCUACCGAUUUGUUAGCGACGAAAAUAUUAGAGGAUACGCAUUAUAAAUAUCAAUACAUGCGGAAAAGAUUCAAAUUUACAUAUUCCUCACAUCCUAUCAACAGUGUUAGCGUUGGGGUAUUCUAAAUGACAUAUAUUGCUUUCCUAACGGAAUAUAAAGUAAUAUACAGUAUGCAAUGUAAUCUACAUCUCGAAAAGUGUAUCACUUGAACACAAAACUUUCAAUAUCUGAUAAAAUGUUUGAUAUUACUAAUUACAGGUGAUGAGAAAUGUUCACGAAGCCCCAGACCAGAGUCUACAAGCAAAUGCCAAACCAACACCACCAGCAAAGCGAAAACUGUUGCCUACACCUCCAAACGAAGGACGAAAAAAACAGAGGCAAGAACUUCCAGAGCCUGAAACACCCGAAGGAAGUCAAACAAGCGAUAUUGACAAUGUAGGGUCUAAGAUUGAUAUUGCAUUCACUGAGUCAUUCAUUUUCAUGAAGGAAUACUCUUUUACAAUAUUUCUUUGCAAAAUAUUUCUUUAGGUAAUAGCAAUGGCAGACAGCGAUACAUCAUUAAUAGGAAUGAGCACCCCGAGGAAUGACCUAGAGAAGUUGGCCGAAAAGAACCGUAGACUUAAAAAUCAAGUGAUAAGCCUGCAAGCCAGUGUGAAGGAAAAAAACAAUAAAUUGAGGCAAAUGAAACGAAAAGGUAAAAAAUAACAUUUGUAUUCUACGUAACUUGUAACUCUGUGUAGACCAGUACUUUUGGCUACAGGAUUAGUGAAAUUCAGAUUUCUUUCUCUGUUGUGUAGUCAUCAACGAGGUCACCAAGCUGAGACAACAUGUUCAUCACCAACCAAAUGACCAGGAAUCAAUGGAAGAUGUAAGCGAGGAAUCUGAGAAUGAGACAGUUGAAGAAAAUGAUCAUGAGGACACGACUGACCCACAUUAUGAGAUGGAAGAUGAUGGUGGACAUGGAGACUCCGAGCUUGAUGAAUCAGAUGACGAAUCAGAGUAAGAUAAUCAUUCAGUGCUUUUUAGUAAUUAUGUAAUGCCAAUAUCAAAUUUAAUAGUAUGCUUAGUAUUGCCCAGCCAGUCCUAAAUGCCAUGCUACAGAUGACAUUUAUUUUUAUUAAUGUUAACCCAUUGAGCCGCAAUGCACCCCAAUAGGGAAUAUCUGCAGCUUAAUGGGUUAACCAAAAAAUCAAACAAUGUCUCUAGUUAGCCCAUUAAGCCGCAAUGCGCACCAGUGCAGCCUACUUAUUUAUUUUUUUGCUUGUCUGAGUCGCCAGACGAUUUUACUCGUCAAUGGGGAAACUCUGCAGCUUAAUAAUUCACAUACAUAGUGGUAUACAUUCUGAUAAAAUAUUUUUGGUCAUUGUGAUAGGCUAUUGACAAUGGAGAAAGACAACCUACGAACCGAGCCAAAACACAUUGUGUUUUUAUCACAGCUCCUAUUAUUGUUCAGUUUUUGCCAUUCCUGCAAAACUGACAAUCCUCUCAUUGAAACAAGAGAAGUCGGUACCAAGGCUGUCGUCACAACCAUUUGCAGCAAUCCAAAGUGCCCCAAAAAGAUAACGACUUGGCAUAGCCAACCCAUGAUGCCUGGAACAAAAAUCUCAGCUGGGAAUUUUCUUUUGUGUAUGGCUGUUCUACUUGCUGGUAGUUCCAUAUCAAAAGCACGACAAGUAUUUUUGCACAUGGGCCUUGGAUGUGUUUCUUUGAACACAUAUUUUCGUUACCAAAGGGUUUGUACAUAUAGAACAUUCACAAACAUUUUUAGGAAAGACUCACAUAUUGAGCUUAUUACCCUAACUCUUCAUGUUGCCCCCCCCCCCCACACACACAAAACAUUAUGUGAUUGAGGGUGGACUAACUGUAUGUUCUAUGUGUAAUAAUUUGUUUUAGACUAUGCUAUUUCCAACUAUUUAUCUUCACUGGAGAAAAUACCAGAACAUGUUGAUAGAGACAGCUAGAAAUAUCAAGGGAGGUGUGGUGUUGGCAGGAGAUGGCCGCCACGACAGUAUGGGGCACUCUGCAAAGUUCUGUGCGUACACAAUGUUUUGUUGCACUUUGGGGAAGAUCAUACAUUUUGAUCUUGUACAGGUAAGCUGAUUGAUGAUUCACUGAACUCAUUGUAUGUGGGUUGGAGAAUUGCAACAUAUACAGCUUAGUUGUUGUUUCCUAUUGUUUUAUUGCAGAGAAAUCAGGCAGGAAGCAGUCCUGCAAUGGAAUUUAUGUCAUUUAAAUCAUGCAUGGACUAUCUUAUCAAGAAAGGGCUGGCCAUUACAACUUUCAUCUCAGACAGACACACAUCAGUUGCUAAAUACAUGAGAUCAGUGUUGUCCAAGAUUACUCACUAUUUUGAUAUUUGGCACUUGAAGAAAAGUAAGUACAGUAAACUCACAAUUUCCAUUGUACUAGAAGACCAUCUAAUGUUCAGGAUAGCAGUGGACCUAAUCCCCAUUUAGUGUCAUAUGCAGUGGUAAAUUAGUCUUUCUCACAAUGACGAAUAUCUGCCAUUUUUUACGAAUAUCUGCCAUUUUUGGCAUCUAAUUGUCGUUAACCAAUGCAGACAAUUAAAAUAAUGUAAAAAGCAAUUUUUCAAAAUAAAUUAACCAUUUACAAAGCAAAUUUACCAUAAUUUUUCAAAAAAAUUAUAAAUAGUCUGUUAUGCAGACUUAUCUUGCAGACUUCGGCUGAAAAGCCAACCCAAAAAUAAAAUGGCGGCAUGAGAAAGGCUAAUUGACUAAUAUUUUGACAGUUGUAUCUUUUAAAUAUAUUUUGUAUCGAGAUCUUUAUCUGUUAUUAAGAAAUACGAAAAGUGUUGUCAAAGAUUGCCAAAGAAAAAGAUUGCGAAGCCCUAAAUGACUGGAUUAAACCAUGCGAAAACCAUCUGCAAUGGAGUGCAACAUCAACAUUCGAUGGCAAUGGGUUGGUCAUAUCGGCAAAAUUUCGAUCAUUUCUACGACAUGUUGUGAACAAGCACUCUGAUCACAGUGAUCCACUGUUCAACAAGUGUGCACAUGGCAGUGACAUUCCAGCCAGAAAGUGGUUAAAACCUGGUAAACAUAACUGGUUAUAAUACUGUUAUGUAGCUGUACAGUAUAUUGCUUGUGAUAUUACCCUUGAGUGGAGAGGUGAUGCAUGCUUGCUUUUUAAAUCCUAUUUUAUAGAUUCACAGCUCUAUGAGAAAGUCUCUGCUGCACUUACCAACCAAAGACUGAUAAAAGGCAUUCAACAGGCUUCACCAUUAGACCAGACAAGUUGCCUUGAGGGAUUUCACAGUGUCUUAAAUCAAUUUGCUCCCAAGAUGAUAGCAUACUUCUAUGCAGGACAAUACUGCAGGUAGUAGUCAAUAUAUAUAUAUAAAGAAGAUCUUUGUUUUACAUUUGCUGCCUGUAAAUAUAAACAGGAUCAAAUACAAUCAUGUAGUCAUUUUGUAGUUAAGCCAUAAAGUUCACUAAUAAUUGCAAACGUCAUGUAAUAACAAUGAAACGAAGCAAAAAAUGUAAACAAUACUUAAGGUGGCAAAGCAAAACAAAAAAAAACUGUAGGCCCCUUUAAUUAAACAUGUUUCUGCUUUGUUCUCAGACAUAUUCUUGCCGUCAUUCAUUUCAAUGCCAACCUACAUCGAGAUGACAAAACCAAAAAGGAUGACAACACUGGAAGAGUCAAAUUCACCUACCCAAAAUACAAGAAUGGUGAAGCAACAAUUAGGAGUGUUAAAGUUGCACAGAACUUUUGUAAGUUUUGUUUUUAUUUUCAAGUAUUAUGGGGUUUUUGGUCUUGAGAAAUGAAUUGCGGCAUUUUUUUCAGCAUAUGUGCAAGAAAUUUACCUGACGUAUCUGAUGGCUGGCAAAAAGGAACUGAAAGAUGCUGCUAUAAAACUUAAAGAAAUGUCUCCUGCGCCAAUGGACUCUGUGUUCAAUAAGCAAGCAAAGGCAGAGGCAUUGAAGAAACGAGCUGACCGAAGUGAAAUGGUUGUGAAAGAUGUUCCACCAACUACUCCAGGUACAAUACACUUACAACAUAGCUUCUCCGAAUAAAUUAGGCCAUCCAUUUAAUAUGUGCACUGCCCCCCCCCAAUUGAAGGGUCUGGAUAUCCGAUGGGUGUGGUGGUUAUAUCACUAAAGGGGUUAGUAAGGCAUCCUCUGGGGUAACUUCCACAAAGGAAUUAUUAAAUGGAGGAGGGGAGGAGUUUAGUUUGGUAUUACAAAAGGGUCUCCACUAAGAAAGUCUUUUAUCUUUAUCAGGCUUUUGUGAUUGAAUCAAUAUCUUACCAUACUUCCUAUAGCAUUUAUGACUUGUCUAAAAACAAACAUAUGCUAAAGUUUUAAAUUAUUUGAUAUAGUAUCAGAAGUUCUGGCACAAGCAAGUAAAACGAAAAAAAACACCAUUGUUCGGUAUUGCAAAACAUGCAAGAACCCCAUGAAAGGACAUAAAAAAGUGAAGGAAUGUCCGAGAAAUCAGAAAUCGUAA